ACAGCGUCGGCUCGUGCGCUUGAGUCAGGCCGUCCCGCGCCCCCCGCGACAGCCGCGCGCCACUGGCCACUCCUGCCCAGGGCCACUCUUGCGUGCAGCCGACCAGGCUGGGUGCUCAUCUGCCCCGCCAAGGGCCUCUGCAACCGGCUGCGGGCCGUCGUGGCGGCCAUGCUGCUGGCGGAGGACCUCGGCAGGCGCGUGGCCCUGGACUGGCGGCUGAGCACGGCCUGCCGGUGCCCGUGGGAGCGCCUGGUCGUGCCCGUGGAGGGGCUUCACCUGCUCACCGAGGAGCUGCUGCGGCAGCACGAGGCCUUGCGGGCCGGGGCGCGGCUGGCUGGCCUGUGGAGCGACGCCUGCAGGGCCGCCGACGGGGCGGGCUCGGUGAGGGAAGCAGUGGACGCCUUCGACGCGGCGCAUGCGAGCGCGUUCCGCAGCGGGCUGGCCCACUUCGUGGACACGCACUCGCCCGCCUGGCGCGGCAUGCCGCGCCUCAAGGGGCGCAAGCCGGGCGCGCUGCCGGCCUUCCUCCGCGCGGGCUGCAUCGCGGUGCGCGCCUACAGUGCCCUUUCUACCCGGCGCUCCCCGACGACCGCGCCGCCGCCGCCGAGGAGCAGUCGCGCAAGCUCAACCAGCUCCGGCCGGCGCCCGCCGUCGCCGACCGCCUCUGGGAGUUGCCCCCCCGGACCGUCGGCGUGCACGUGCGGCGGACGGACCACAAGACGUGCAUCCUGCACUCCCCCGACGAGCUCUUCUACGCCGAGAUGGACCGCAGGCUCGAGGACGGUCUCCCUGGAGGAGCCGCGGUGGAGGCCUUCUUCGUCGCGACGGACGACCCGCAGGUG